UAAGAACUUGACACAUUUUUUUCUGUAUCUCCUCCCUUCUUUUUAUACUAUUCAUCAAGUUCUCCACGGUACUUUGAUAGUAUCACAUAUUUUUAUAGUUACUUCUCCUAAAAUAUGACCGAAAUAUCACAAAGUAGUAUUUCCAAUGAUAAAGAAUUGGAACUUCAACCAUGUAAGUAUACCCUCAAGAAACGAGUCAUAGGUACUGGGUCAUACUCGCUGGUGUUUGAAGCAAAGAACAAAGUCACAGGGAUGCAUUAUGCUAUCAAGCAAUACUCGAAAAAGAUGGUGUAUGGAAUGGAAGAUAUGCUUCUUAGUGAGUUACAUGUACUUAAGAAGAUUUCAAGAAGUCACCCAAACAUAUUGACAUUAGUUGAUCAUUUUGAAACUUCACAAAACUUAUAUUUAGUGACUGAUCUUGCUCGGGGUGGUGAGUUAUUUGAUCGAAUUGUUAAUGGUCCUAAUCAAAGAGUGAGUGAGCAAGAAACAAUUGAAACCAUUCGUACCUUACUUUCAGCAGUGGAAUAUUUACAUUCAAAUAGAAUUAUACAUCGAGAUUUGAAGGCUGAAAACUUACUUUAUCAAUCGAAAAGUUCUAGAAGUUCCAAUAUACUAGUAGCGGACUUUGGACUUGCUCGUAUAUUGAAAAAUGGAGAGAAAUUACAUGAUCUAUCUGGUACUCUUAGUUAUAUGGCCCCUGAAAUCUUGGACAGAAGCAAGGGUCAUUCAUUUGAGGUUGAUUUAUGGGCAGUGGGGGUAAUAACAUACUUUAUGCUCUGUGGUUACAUGCCCUUUGAUUGUGAAACCGAUGAUGAGACUAUGGAGGCAAUUAAGAUUGCUGAUUACAGAUAUGACCCUCCCGAAUAUUGGGAUCAUAUUUCAUCCAAUGCCAAAGAUUUCAUAGAUAAAUGCUUUAUUGUUGAUCCCAAAGAAAGAAUAACGGAUAGUCAGGCAUUAAAACAUCCAUUCUUACAAAAUAAAAUCUCCAAUUCAAGUCCUCAAAAGAGACUGAUGCUCGAUAGAACAUCCAGUUCUACUAGUAUUUCUGCGUCACUUCGAGAAUCACUUGAAGGUCUCGGGCUUCCAUGUAUGGCACAGCCUAUGCACUCUGCUAGAAGUGUAAGUGAUUCUAAUUCUGCAACAAUCUCCAGUGUAUCCAGCAAGUUAUCUCUUAUUGAAAGGUCCAGAUUUGCCUCUUUGACAGAGGGGUCGACCCUACAAGGUGCAUAUUGCGAAACUCCAGAUAUCUUAUCGACCUUCAAUAGCCCUAUACAUUCGGAAGAUGGUUCUAGACAAACUUCAGCUACAAAUUUGAAUGGGUUAGUUCUAAAGAGUGGAGGUCUUGAAAUAGAGACUACAAAGUCUAAACCUUCAUUUGUUUUUAAUUAGUAUAUGAAUAUAAGAGUAUAGAAUUGACUGAUGCAAUUUCUUAAUAAUAUAUAUAUAUCAUUUGAUAAUAAUAUUCA